UCUGGGCAAAGGUAGCCCAGUUGACAGGGACGGCGUCGUCGAUGAGCUCGAGGACGUCGAUGGUGGAGAUGUCGACGGCGAGUGUUUCGGUGGUCAUGGGAUGAGGAGUUGGGGUAAAAAAAAAAAAAAAAAAAAAAAACAUGAGACUUGGAGGUUGAGAGAGAGAGAGAGAGAGAGAGAGAGAGAGAGAGAGAGAGAGAGAGAGAGAGAGAGAGAGAGAGAGAGAGAGAGAGAGAGAGAGAGAGAGAGGAAGAGAGAGAGAGAGAGAGAGAGAGAGAGAGAGAGAGAGAGAGAGAGAGAGAGAGAGAGAGAGAGAGAGAGAGAGAGAGAGCGAGAAAGAGUGUGUGUGAGAGAGAGAGAGAGAGAGAGAGAGAGAGAGAGAGAGAGAGAGAGAGAGAGAGAGAGAGAGAGAGAGAGAGAGAGAGAGGAAGAGAGAGAGAGAGAGAGAGAGAGAGAGAGAGAGAGAGAGAGAGAGAGAGAGAGAGAGAGAGAGAGAGAGAGAGAGAGAGAGAGAGAGAGAGAGAGCGAGAAAGAGUGUGUGUGUGUGAGAGAGAGAGAGAGAGAGAGAGAGAGAGAGAGAGAGAGAGAGAGAGAGAGAGAGAGAGAGAAAGAUAAAAGAGAGAGAAAAGAGAGAGAAAGAGAGAGAGAGAGAGAGAGAGAGAGAGAGAGAGAGAGAGAGAGAGAGAGAGAGAGAGAGAGAGAGAGAGAGAGAGAGAGAGAGAGAGAGAGAGAGAGAGAGAGUUAGUGAAAGAGAGUAAGAUGAGAUACA